AUGUCAGUGACAUGUUGUCCCACACGUCCAAACGAUCACAUCUUCAGUGGUGUCCGAGAUCAUUCCAGCCCCGAGGAUGAUGACAGGAAGGUUCGAAGGAGAGAAAAAAACCGAGUUGCUGCUCAAAGAAGUCGAAAGAAACAGACCCAGAAGGCUGACAAACUCCAUGAGGAAUAUGAGUGCCUGGAGCAAGAAAACACACUUCUGCGGAGGGAGAUCGGAAAGCUGACAGAGGAGCUGAGGCACCUGAGCGAGGCGCUGAAGGAACAUGAGAAAAUAUGCCCACUGUUGCUGUGCUCCAUGAACUUCAUGCAGGUGCUGCAAGAGCCCGUGGCCAGCUGCCUGCCCCGAUGAAGCCAAGGAUGCUGUCCUGUGUGGAGUGAGGAGCGUUGGUCCUUUAUGAGCCUGAAAGAAAGGAUUUCCACCUGCACCUGGGUACAGGGGCAUCUGGCUGCACCUCUUCCUGGAAACAUCCCAGCCAGCUGUGGCCUCCGCAGCCUGGCCUCCGCACAGCACCGUGCUCUGCCAACCCUGUACUCAGAGCCCUGGAGCAGCACAUCCAGGAGGAAGGCCAUCCUCGGGAAUCACUUCUUAUCCAUCUUGGCAGCUAGUGAGAAAGGAUUAUGUAGAGCGUUAGGUGAUCUGAUGGCUGAGAACAAGGCUCGGAUCUUAAUUUUUUUUUUUUCUUGGCAUUCCUGGGGCCUGAACUCAAGGUCUGGGCGCUGUCC